CUCGAUCGAUUCUCAUUUUAUUUUCAUUAAUUACAUGAAAUUUGCAUGGUAUAUAAAUAAAUACAAUCAAAUGAGUUAGCCAAAUGUAAUUACAUGCAGGAUUUGUACAACAUUAUGAGAGACUCUUACGAGGAUGUUGUCUCCCCCGGGGCUUCAAACUCUUUACAACCAAUUCUAUACAAAUUAAUGAAUGGAGGAGUCAUCAAGGAUAGGUUAAAAGUCCCUCCAAACGUUUCGUGGGAAAGGCCGUCUGUUCGUGUCUAUGAUUCUUUGGUUGGCGACUUCAUGAGACCAAGAAUCAACGAGGUUGACGAACUAUUGCUCAAGGGAGUGGACGUGACGAUUUACGCUGGACAAGUUGAUCUCGUGGCUCCCACCAAGGGAACUGAAGCCUGGGUUCACAAGCUCAACGAUGAGGACCAACCUAAGCCUCAUCGUACUCAGAAAUCUUUGAGCAAGCGCAAACGAUCCAUAGCUGCCUUGAAACGUCAUGUUGAUCCGCUUCCAUCAAGUUCAUCUAACACCGAUCCUUCGUGGAAUUUCCGGAAAAAAUACCUAGGGGGGUCUGCCUCAUUAGACAAAAUCUGCGACGGAUAUAGAGAACCGUCGCAGAUCUGCGACGGCAAUAGCAACGGACCGUUCCAUCGCAGAUCAGCAACAGAUAUAGCAACAGCUUUGUCCGUCGUAGGAGACCUGAUCACAGAUGCAGCUUUUUCCUGUUUUUAGGCACUACCUACUAAUAAAAGGGGGGAGGGGGGAUAAACACAUUCAAUUUUCACACACAUAAUUCUAAACAAGAUUUCAACACCCAAAUUGAUAAUUCAAAGCUAGAUUAAUGAAAACUUCACGUGCGAAUGUAACAUAAUUCAUGAUAUUCUAACAAUGAAUAUUAAAGUGUUAGAUUCAAGUGUUCAAAAUGGAGGAAGCUAAGGUCGUAAAGGUCUCAACAAAUCCCGGGCUGCCCUGCCCCUCCCGUUCCAUCAUCAUCGCCUUGUCGAGGAAGGUUACCACCAUAUAGCUUCCUUAUC